CGGUACAGCAGGUGGCGGUAAUGCUGCUAUCACCGGUUUACGCUCAGCGUCUUUGUUGACAGGAGUGCUGUAUCAGCUGAGGAGCUAACAUAGCUUAGCUCACUUGACAGUUCCUACAGUUAAUGUGAUUUCGGACAUGGCUGAUUCAGUUUGGCACCUCUCCCUAAAGCUGCAUGACAGACCAAAAGCAGUGUUCCGCUUCCCAGAGAAAUCCAUGCGGGACUCUAAACCUGGAGGCUGUCAAGUGUCCACCCUAAAGCAACUGCUCUCAACAUACUUGGUGGAUUCUGUGCCACAUCCUGAGCUCAUGGAGCUGGUGCACUGUGGCUGUAAGCUAAAAGAUGAUUUGACUUUAGAUUCCUAUGGGAUCAAGUCUGGGUCCACGCUGCACGUUUUAAAGAAAGCAUGGCCAGAACCAGAGGUCAAACCAGAACCAGUAAACAGAACUGCUGCUGCUCGAGAGUUCAGACUGCUUCAGACCGCCAUGCACUCCAACACUGCCUACAGAGAGGCAGUAUUUAAGAUGCUGGGCAAUAAGGAGUCUCUGGAUCAGAUUAUAGUGGCCUCACCUGGGCUCACUUCUGACCCAGUCGCAUUAGGUGUACUUCAAGAUAAGGAUCUGUUCACACAGUUUACAGACCCAGCGCUACUUGAUGUUUUGAUCAGUUCUCAUCCAGCUCUGGUCAAUGCUAUUAUACUGAUCCUGCACUCUGUAACGAGCAGCAUGCCUGGCCAGUCAAGUGCAAGCUCUUCCCGCAACGUCUCUGCUAGUUCCUACAGUGAAAUGCCAGGAGGAUUUCUCUUUGAGGGCAUGUCUGAUGAUGAGGAAGACUUCCAGUCUGGAAGUCAUGCAGAAUCAUCCAGACGGGCGAGGCUUGCAGUGGGCUCCAGACCAAUGAGUCUGGGCAACAGUGGAGCCACAGGGCCUCGGCCGAUCACACAGAGUGAGCUAGCUACAGCAUUAGCACUGGCUAGCACUCCAGAGAACAACACUGUUACGCCAGUUCUGGGUAGCCAAGACAUGUCGUCUGGUGGCUCUUCAGGGACAGCAGGGACUCCCGUCACUUCCAGUCUGUUCAGUCAGGCGCUGCAGCAGGCUCUGCAGGCCACCGGAGUGGCCUCUCUCCAGGGGCGGUGGCAGACGCAGAUGCAGCAGUUGAGAGAUAUGGGUAUCAGGGAUGAAGAGCUGGCGUUACGUGCCCUCCAGGCCACAGACGGAGACCUACAAGCUGCCCUGGAGCUGAUCUUUGCAGGAGGAGGAGGAGGACUCUGAGACCUUUGAAAAGCCUUGACAUUGAGAACUCUGCCUUUUUUCUUUUUUAAAUGAAUAAAUAAGUGAUCAGAUUUUGA